AUGCGGAGGCGCUGGUAGGGGGGCGCGGGGAGGGGGUCGGUCGGGUCCGCCAUGGCCGCGAACUGCGCGGGGGCCGCGGGGACGGCGGCGGGAGCCGUGGCCGCGGUGGGCUCGGCCCUCAGCGCCAGCAAAACCAAGACCAAGAAGAAACACUUCGUGUGCCAGAAGGUGAAGCUGUUCCGGGCCUCGGAGCCGCUGCUCAGCGUCCUUAUGUGGGGGGCGAACCACACGAUCAACGAGCUCAGCAAUGUUCCCGUCCCUGUCAUGCUAAUGCCCGAUGACUUCAAAGCCUACAGUAAGAUUAAGGUGGACAAUCAUCUAUUCAACAAGGAGAACCUGCCCAGCCGGUUCAAGUUCAAGGAGUACUGCCCCCUGGUGUUCCGCAACCUGCGCGAGAGGUUCGGCAUCGACGACCAGGACUACCAGAACUCGGUGACGCGCAGCGCGCCGGUGAACAGCGACAGCCAGGGCCGCUGCGGGGCGCGCUUCCUCACCACCUACGACAGGAGGUUCGUCAUCAAGGCCGUGUCCAGCGAGGACGUGGCGGAGAUGCACAACAUCCUCAAGAAAUACCACCAGUUCAUCGUGGAGUGCCACGGGAACACGCUGCUGCCGCAGUUCCUGGGCAUGUACCGCCUCACGGUGGACGGCGUGGAGACCUACAUGGUGGUGACCAGGAACGUCUUCAGCCACAGGCUGACCGUGCACAGGAAAUACGACCUGAAGGGCUCAACAGUGUCGAGGGAAGCAAGUGACAAGGAGAAGGCCAAGGAUCUGCCAACCUUCAAGGACAACGACUUCUUGAACGAGGGUCAGAAGCUGCACGUUGGAGAAGAGAGCAAAAAGAACUUCCUGGAGAAGCUGAAGAGGGAUGUGGAGUUCCUGGCGCAGCUGAAGAUCAUGGAUUACAGCCUGCUCGUGGGCAUCCACGACGUGGACAGGGCGGAGCAGGAGGAGAUGGAGGUGGAGGAGCGGGCGGAGGAGGAGGAGUGUGAGAACGACGGGCUGGGCGGGAACCCCAUCUCCUCGUACGGGACCCCCCCCGACAGCCCCGGCAACCUCCUCAACUACCCGCGGUUCUUCGGGCCCGGGGAGUUCGACCCCGCGGUGGAUGUGUACGCCAUGAAGAGCCACGAGAGUGCCCCCAGGAAGGAGGUUUAUUUCAUGGCCAUCAUCGACAUCCUCACGCCCUACGACACCAAGAAGAAAGCUGCACACGCUGCCAAGACAGUGAAACACGGGGCCGGGGCUGAGAUCUCCACCGUGAACCCCGAGCAGUACUCGAAGCGUUUCAACGAGUUCAUCUCCAGCAUCCUGACAUAGUGCUGAGCCCGGGCAGAGCAGGAGCCCUGCUCCCUGCAGGGCAGGGAACCUGCUGCAGCUGGGGGCUGCUGCUGGAUCUGGGGGGCUCCUGCUGGAUCUGGGGGGCUCCUGAUGGAUCUGGGGGGCUCCUGUUGAACCCAGGGGGCUCCUGCUGGAUCUGGGGGGCUCCUGUUACACCCAGGGGGCUCCUGUUAAAUCCAGGGGUCUUCUGUUGAACCCAGGGGGCUCCUGCUGGAUCUGGGGGGCUCCUGGCACACCCAGGGGGCUCCUGCUGGAUCUGGGGGGCUCCUGCUGGAUCUGGGGGGCUCCUGGCACACCCAGGGGGCUCCUGCUGCAGCCUGGCACCUGCAGGGACACCGUGGGGACACCGUGUGACAAAACUCAUCCUCAUCCUCGCUGCACCAGUGGGGUUUUUAUGUUACAGAAGUGCCCAGAUUUCACAUUUUGAGGGCUUUUCCAAACAAGCCAAGUGCAUUGUUGCAGCACUGCUCUGCCCUGUGACCUCCUGUGACACGUGGCACUGUCCCCAAGGGGGGCACUGUCCCCAAGGGGGGCACUGUCCCCAAGGGGUCACGUUCAGUGGAGCAGUGCCUGAUUCACAAACCACUCCUUGUUUUACUUUGUGUCGUUGGUGGUGUUGUUUUAUUGGACUGGCUUUGCCAGAAAAUCCCCUUUUAUUUCCCUCUGGGUAGGAAUUGGAAGGAAAAAGAAAUAGUUCAUCAUUUCAAGGAUGGAAAAUGUAACUGAUAAAAGGAGGAGUCACUGAACUUUAGGUAAAUUCAGACUGGGACACUUUAUAUUUUUUUGGUUAAUUUAAGUAACAAAAAAAGAAAAAAGAAACAAAAAAACUUUUUUGUAACUGCACUUGAUUUACAAGAAAGAUGAGGGAAAUGAACAUCUACCAAAGAUGAUCUCUGAAAAAAAAAAAAAAAUGAACAAACAAGGUUUAACUCCUAAAAUCUAAAAACAAUCAGAGUGAGAAGUGAGAGAGGCAUUGACCAACCUCAGCUCAUGAUGUGCUUGGACCUGGGAUGAUUCCAAUUGGAGAAGUUCCUAAAAUUGAAGAAUUCCUAAAAAAAAACCAUUUAAAAAGGCAUUUUUGUACCUGUACACAAGAUUUGGAGCCAGUUCCUCAGUCAGAACUGGCUCUGAGCUGCACCACAGUCCUGCCAGUGUUAAUCAGCCAGUUAAUGGUUCAGUCUUCCUGGGUCUGCCCUGGCAGAGACUCCUGGGCUGCUUUUUUGGGAUUUUCAUUGUUUCAAAUGUGACUUGCACAGGGGGAAUUGGCCUGGCUGCUCCAAGCCCUGCAGGAGUGCAGCUGCAGCAAAUUCCUUUUCCAGCCCCACGAAGGAUUUUGGGACUGCCUGGAGUGACUCCAGGACGCUUUUAACCCUUUCACAGCCGAGCUGGGCAGACUGUGGGACUCCUUAGCUCUGCUGCACAAGUUACAGAACUUUUGGUUCUUUGUUUUGAGAUUUUUUUUUUUUUUUUAAAUUUCUCUUUUUAAGCAGGAUUUAGAGUUUUGAACAAACCUCUUUGCAGUUGAAAUGUGUUGCUUAAUCUGCCUUGGAACUGUUUUUCACACAUGCCUUUGUUUGGGGAAUAAGCUGGUGGCAAUGUCUGUCCUGUGCUGUAACAAUUUUUUGCUGUGUGGAAUUUUGGUCCUUUUUCAGAGAUAACUGGUGCUCAUCACAUCCUGGUAAUUCCCCUAAAUCAAUUCCCCUAAAUCAAUUCCCCUAAAUCAAUUCCCCUAAAUUAAUUCCUCUAAAUUAAUUCCCCUAAAUUAAUCCUGGCUCUGGGCUGGAUUUUAAAUGUGGGGCUUGGAGGGUUUUUAUUUUUUUUUUAUUUUAUUUCCUCUUCACCCCCUCCCCAUUUCCCAUUUUCUCACCUUGGGAGGGGCUAAAAUUGGAGCCCCUGAGAGUGCACUGUAAAUAGAAUUUUGGAGAAAUGAAAAAUUUGGGCUCCUGAUGAGAUUUUGGUCGUUCCCUUUGGUGUGGGACAAAUUUCUGUGGGAGGUGUCUUAAGGUGUAGAGCUGGAAAAGCCACAACCCAAAUGCAGUUAAAAAAUAUUUUAAAAAGGAAAAAAAAAAAGGAUUUGGAGGGCAUCAUCAGCUUCAUUUUGUGGGCAUUAUAUUGGUUGCUUCUCUUUUAAUAAGCACUUAAGUUUAUUGCUAAUUAGGAAUUAAACACCAAUCACUUUUUAUUCCUGACAGUUUAAAAAAAAAAAAAAAAUCUGCAUUGAAUCUGCAACUUUGGCCUGGUAAGUUUGGUCUUCUCCUUUUGGGGAAAGUAGAUGGAAGUUGUUUUAUCUUGAAAUCAUCAAUUAAAAUUAAAAAAAGAUAAAAGGGAGAGAGAGCAGGAGGUGGGUGAACACCACAAAGCAAAGAAAGGGGAGUGAAAAUGGCAAAAAUCUCCUUUAGUGAAUUCCAGAAUAAUGAAUAAGGAAUCAAAUCAGAAAUUCCUGCAGAAAUCCUUUCAGAGCUGUGAAAAAAAGGAAAUAUUUUCUUAUUGCUGGGGUUAAAUUUGCCUGUUUGAGGUGAUUCUCCCCUUUAGCACUGCCCCAGCUCUGCCCAGUUGCCAUAAUGUGGAUUAAAAGUGAUUAAAAGUGAUUAAAAGUGAUUAAUUGCAAUUCCCUCACUAAUGAUGUUUGACCCAGGUAUGGAACUUUGUUUAACAGAGGUUUUGUAUAUUGUUUACAUUUGGAGAAGUAGCAUUACCUUAAAAAUGCUAAUUUUUUUUUGUUUGUUUCUAGACAGUAUUUUUAUUACCAGAACAAGAAGUGAAGCUGCAAAUAUUUGAUUUGUUUUUAAAAGGGAUUUUUUUUUUCCUUUCUGUUUGUUUGCUUUUUGUUUUGCUUUGUUUUGUUGGUAUUUUUUUUUUCUUUUAAAUCUUGUUUUAGGUCACUUUUUUAACUCAGUAUUUAAAAAAAAAAAAAAAAAAAGGAAACCCAGCCCUUUUAAUUCUGGUUUUACAACUGCCUGUGUUAGUUUGUCUGUUUCUGGUGUGGAUUUAGUUCUAGUUUUGCUGAAUGUAGCAAAUAUUUGAUAUUCCUGUCUUUAGCAUGAACCCUGCAGAACACAUUUAACUGACAGGAUUUGCAGCAGAAUUCAGGAUUUUUAAAUUUAUUUUUGGCCAAAAAAAAAAAAAAAAAAAAAAAAAAAUUCAGUCCAGUGGAGUUCCAAAUAAUCAAUGAGCAGCAUCUCCCUGAUCUGAAAAACCCUGAAAACCCAAAUCUGAGCUGGGCUGGGCAUUUCCACCCUCCCUAAAAACCCAAAUCUGAGCUGGGCUGGGCAUUUCCCAACCCUGAAAACCCAAAUCUGAGCUGGGCUGGGCAUUUCCACCCUCCCUGAAAACCCAAAUCUGAGCUGGGCUGGGCAUUUCCACCCUCCCUGAAAAUCCAAAUCUGAGCUGGGCUGGGCAUUUCCACCCUCCCUAAAAACCCAAAUCUGAGCUGGGCUGGGCAUUUCCACCCUCCCUGAAAAUCCCAGGAGUUUUUGGGAUUUGGGGGAGCAGCCCCAGGAGCCUUCAGCCUCCUCCUCCUCCUGCUCUGGGCUUCAUCCUGAGAGCCACAAUCAUGGAAUUAAUCUGGAAAUCACCCCAUGGGAUGGAAUUUAUCCUGUGAGGAUGGAAUUCAUCCUGUGGGGAUGGAGUUUGUGCUGCAGGGAUGGAAUUCCUUCUGUGGGAAUGGAAAUUAUUCAGUGGGAAUGGAAUUUAUCCUGUGAGGAUGGAAUUUGUCUUAUAGGCUUGGAAUUCAUCUUCUAGGGAUGGAGUUUGUCUCAUGGGAUUGGAAUUUAUCCUGUGGGGAUUAAAUUCUUUCCCUGAGGACAGAAUUCAUCCCAUGGGAUUGGAAUUCCUUCUGUGGGGAUGGAAUUUGUUCCUUGAGGUCAGAAUUCCCCCCUGGGGCAGCAGGGGGAGGCCCCAGCAAGGAAAACUGAACCACUUGGAGUCUUAUUUCUUUUUUUUUUUUUUUUUUUUUUUUUUUUUUUUUCCUUUCUGUUUUUUGGGAGGGCAUCAGGGUGGAGAGCAGGUUGUGGUGGUGGAUAUUCCCAGUCCAUGACUACUAUGCAGUCCUUUUCCAGGCCUCACCUGGAGUUUCACCCCCAGCUGAAGGAUUUUCCCCCAAAAUCAGGGGGGUGUCCCCAGCACGGCCACAGCCCCGAAUUCCCAAAUUUCCCAUCCCUGCAGAGCCACUCCCAGCGUCCCCUCAGCCCCUGCCUGGUGUCUGGGAUGGAUCCCAGAGAACUGGGAUGGCAGAGCUCUGGACACACCAUUUUUAGUGGAAACCACUCAAAUUUGUGAAUUUGUGCUGCUCUGGGCAGCUGGAUGGGAGUGGGACGAGCAGAAUCCACACACAGGUCAUGAGGGUGGGCAGGGCUGAUCAGUGCAACUGAAUUUAAAAUAUAAAAAAAUGUGAAUAAAUUAAGUUUAAUGUAAAAACUAAAAAAAAAAAAAAAUUUAAAAAAACUAAAAAAAAAAAAUUUAAAAAAUGUAAAAAAAGAACAUUCUAGGUUUUUUCACUGCUGUUUUUUAAAUAGGAAUUUGAAGUCCUCUGUGCUUGUCUGUUUGCUAGGAGCAGUUUGAGACACUGUUACUGUUUUGAAAUGCAUGCAUGUUACAAGAUGAGUCUCCAACCAGAGAAAAAACAAAAAAAUAAAAUUAAAACUUUGUGUACA